AUGAAAGUAGUAAUUCUUCUCGGGCUACUGGGAGCCACAUUAUCAGCCCCACUUAUUCCACAACGCCUUUUGUCUGCCAGCAACAGCAAUGAGUUACUUCUGAAUCUUAAUAAUGCUCAACUUUUGCCACUGCAGCUUCAGGGCCCAUUCAAUUCAUUGAUUCCUCCUUUUUCUGGGAUUGUACAACAGCAACAGCAAGCUCAACUCCCAAGGCUCUCCCAGUUCUCUUUAUCAACUCUAGAUCAGUUUGCCAGACUGCUGCCAAAUCGGAUACCUUUCCAAGGACAGGUCACUUUUGCCCAAGGAACCCACACAGGUCAGCUGGACCCCUUACAAUCUCAAACACCACUACAGACGCAACAGGGGUCCAAUCAUGUGAUGCCCUACGUAGUCUCUGUCAAUAUGCCUCAAGAGCGAGAACAGAUGCUUCAAUCCUAUUAUCCCAUUUACAUGUUCCUACCCUGGGAGUCUCAACAAACAGUCACACAGUCACCUGCACAGACAGGACAGCAGCAAUUCGAGGAGCAGAUGCCAUUCUAUACUCAGUUUGGAUACAUUCCCCAACAAGUAGAACCUGCCAUACUAGGAGGACAGCAGCACCUGGCUUUUGAUCCCUUCUUAAGCAUAGCCCCGGAAACUGCUGUGAUGGUAACAGGAAGAGUGAUUCCUUAUUUUCAAAAAGAAGUAAUAAAUUUUAGGCAUGACAAUGCAGGAGUUUUCAUGCCUUCUACUUCACCAAAACCCAGCACAACUAAUAUUUUCAAGUCUGCUGUAGAACCAACUGUUACCCCAGAGCUCUCAGAAGAGAAGGCCAAGACUAAUAGCCUAAGGGAACCAUAA